AAUGCCUGUCCACGCUCUUCCAAUUCCCGAUCACUCUCCGCCGUCCUCAAAGCCCAAGCCCAAAGAGGCCCAUUUCAGGGGCGUCCGCAAGCGUCCCUGGGGCCGCUUUGCCGCCGAGAUCCGCGAUCCCUGGAAAAAAACCCGAAAGUGGCUUGGCACAUUCGACACCGCCGAGGAGGCCGCUAGGGCCUACGACACCGCUGCCAGAACGCUCCGUGGGCCCAAGGCCAAGACCAACUUCGCCUACGUCGUUUCUCCACCACUUCAUCUCCCUCCUGCCCAAGCUCAAGACCAACUUGCCAGGCCGCUCGAGUUUUGGGCCCCUCCUCUGUACUUCACAACGGAUGUAGCUUCCGGCCCGCCGGUGAGGUCUGAGUACAAAGGUUACAAGUUGGAGAAUAUUGUAGUGAGCAAAGAGGAUGACAUGGUGAAGAAAGAGAGGAAGAAGCCGUUUUUGUUCGACCUUAACCAGCCGGCUCCGCUCUUCUGAAGGGGCCGCCGGAGAAUGUCAUCCCCCGUCGACGGGGGCUUACAGUUUUUAUUUUUUCUUUUUUUUUUUCGUUUUUUGAAUUUUGGAUGGUACUUGAGCCUUGUUGCAAUGUACAGUGUAGUUUAUAUGGGUUUGGAGCAGCAUUUUGAUGACUGCGAUG